AGUUAACCGUAUAACUAGUGCUUUAUACAGCGGAUGUAAUUGCAUUUUCGUCGCACAAAAAGUAGAGCAUCCGAGUCGUCAUGAACUGUGAAGAUACCGUUACACUGAAGGGGGAAACUUUAUCCAGUGUUAUGCACAAGUGGAAGUGGAUAGGGUGAGCUUGAUCUCAACAAGUUUUGCGCAUAAGGUGGUGGGGUGAAGAAUGUCCGGGUAAUAAUAAUACUCGAAUACAUAAAAAGACGUCGCAGACCGUUGUAUAUAAGUGAGAGCCUGGGAAGGCGCCAGUGUAAUUCGGACGGUUAUGUCACUUGGAUUCAAUAUAACAUCUCUCUUGACCGUACCACCACCACGAUGCCAUUGCUGUCGCCCAUUCUCCCGUUCAAUCCAAGGUUCGCAUCCAAUCCUAGAAAAUCAGAAACGCUAGCGAUGCAGUACGACUGGCAUGUUGAACAAGUAUUGAAUGGCUUGCACCUGGAGCACUGGCAUCGUGACAACCAUGCAGUUAUGAUGGAGUCCGUUGAGGACGAAACCGACAAAAGAGAAACAAAUCGCCGCGGAUAUGAUGUUUUUCGGGUCGCAUGGAGGGCGCUCUUCCCACACUCUGACAGUAGUCCAGAAUAUUCACGGAUCUGA